UUAGCGACAGUGUACACAAUCUAUUCAUGUCGGGGAUUGAUACAAUCUGAUUUGAGCAAGAUUUUCAUUUCCGGGGACACGCAGGAUGGGGAUCCUUGGACUUUUUGAUUCUGCUAUCCCAUACAAGGGCCAAAACUACAAGGAUCUGAAGAAGUCGUGCGUUUCCACCGGCUCGCUGUUUACUGAUGCCGAAUUCCCUCCUAAAGACUCGUCACUGUCAUAUUCCCCGGACAAAGUACCCAGUAAUGUUCAGUGGAAGAGGCCUGGGGAAAUAUGCAGUGAUCCCAAAUUUUUUGUUGAUGGAGCCAGUGCGAAUGACUUUGCCCAGGGGGAAAUCGGUAACUGUUGGUUUGUGGCAGCCUGUGCCUGUAUCGCAGAAAAUGCCAGUUUGUGGAAGAAGAUUGUACCUGACUUCGACGGUCAAGAGUGGAUACCAGAAAAAAAUCAAUACGCAGGAAUUUUUCAUUUCCGUUUCUGGCGUUGUGGGGAGUGGAUAGACGUUGUGAUAGAUGAUUACCUCCCAACACGGAACGGAAGGCUUAUCUACUGUCAUUCACCCGCAAAAAACGAGUUCUGGCCGGCACUUCUGGAGAAAGCGUAUGCCAAACUGUUUGGAGAUUACCAGUCUCUGGUGGCAGGGUUGACGCGAGACGCUUUAGUUGACAUGUCUGGAGGUGUUGGAGAACAGAUUGACAUGAACGAAUAUAAGACUGAGGAAAAGGGAAUGGAACUCUUCAGGAUUCUGAAACAGUCCUAUAAGAAUCAGUCACUGAUGAGCGCCUCCAUCGCUGCAUCGGGCAAUGACAUGGAGGAUGAGCUAGCAUGUGGUUUGAUCAAAGGUCAUGCUUACAGUGUGACCUCUGUGAAGGACAUCCCUAUCAGCACCUCCUCCGGACUUUUCUCCUUCUUCAAACGAGAGAAAAUCCACAUGAUUCGCUGCAGAAAUCCCUGGGGUGGAACAGAGUGGAAAGGAGCAUGGAGUGAUGGAUCCAAAGAAUGGAGCCAGGUCAGUGACACCAUGAAGAAGGAAAUUGGCCUCACCGUCGAUGAUAACGGAGAGUUCUGGAUGUCGUUUGAGGAUUUCUGUCAGUACUACACAGACAUAGGGAUCUGUCAUAUCAUCAAUACAUCCUUCUUCUCCCUAAAGAAGACCUGGAAGGAGGGGGAGGCCGUCGGGGAGUGGAGGAGUCCGUCACGGAGUGGAGGAUGUAGUAACAAUAAGGCUUCAUUCCUGAAGAACCCCCAGUUUGUGUUCGAUGUGACGAAGGAUGAGGAUGAGGUGUUGAUUUCCUUGGAGCAGUUUGACCGGAGGGUAAACAAAGAGGCGGGAGACUCCCAGUUUACAAUAGGUGUCUCUGUACUCAAGACGGACCUGAACAGAGUCUAUAGAAUGCAUGACUCUCUAAGGGAAGCACAGUCGUCUUCCUUUGUAAAAUCUCGCAGUGUAAUGACGAGAGCAAAACUCAAACAGGGGAAAUAUUGUGCAAUUCCUUCAACCUUUGACCCCGGUUUUGAGGGAGAAUUUUUCCUCCGGAUAUAUGCAAGUAGCAGUCCUGAGUUAAAGGAGCUGACACUAGAGGAGCCAGACAGAAACAGUGGGUGCUGCUGCAGCCCCUUUUACAUGUGUAAGGCCUACAGGUCUGCCUUGCAGAUCCUCAUCAGCAGUGGAGAGGGCCUGGAGGGCAAGGAUUUGGACAGAAAGUCUGACCCAUUUGUUAUUAUUCGCUGUGAGAAAGAGAAAGUCAAGACACCUGUUAUAUCCAAUGACCUCAAUCCCAAGUUUGACCAGCGGGUCACAUUUUACCAGAAGACUCCGAAAGAAAAUGUUACAUUAGAGGUGUGGAACCACAACAUGAUAAAAGAUGACUUUUUGGGAGUGUGCACUUUGUCUAUGACACAAAGGAGUUCCUUCAAGGGAGGUAACAAAAUGAUUGGAAUGCCCUUGAUGGGAAAGGGCAAGGGAGCAGCCAAGCCUACUAAAGGUCGGCUAUGGGUCAAUGUGCUGUACACAACACUACUGGACACGGUGUGA